AUCUAAAAAGAGGACAGACUGUCACCUCCUGUGGCAGCAGCUGUUCACUGACCCUGUCUACUUUUUAGAUACUGUGGAUGCGUCACACACAAAUACUGAAUCACACUGUUGUGAAGUGGUCAUUGCUAUCAGGGAAUUGUGAUUCACUCCAUGUGUAGAUGUUCCUAGAAUACACGAUUGUAUUAAAUGCCAACAAUAUCUGUGCACACAUAAAGUAGGGUACUGGAACAAAUAGUCCUGCCAUCGUGUGAAGUUUGUUUUAAAAUUGUAUUUUCUUUUGUAUUUACCCAAUUAGGGACUAAAUGAAGUGAAAAUAUUCUAGGUUAUUUCUGUGUGGCCAUACAACAAUGUUGUGCUUAAUCACUAGGGUGACAGGGCUCCACAGUUGUUUUUACUCUAUGACAGCUGUGUGAGCUCUCCGAUUUGGCCAACCUGAAUUCUUCAUGGAUGGGGUGGCUGGCUAUAUUUAGCGGGGGCACGGUUAUAUUGAAGAGGCUUCAGACCUGGCUGCCUAUAGUUCUCUGUCUUCACCAGCUAGGACAAUCUGUCGUGAGCUGCCCCACUUCCUGUCCUGACAGAAUGGAUCCCCAAGGCUUGAGGGAAGAUCUCCGUCUGUUUCAAACCACUUUGCUGCAGGAUGGACUCAAAGAGCUUCUGAAUGAGAAUAAGUUGAUUGACUGUGUCCUAAAGAUUGGAGAGCGAAGCAUUCCCUGCCAUCGGCUUAUCCUGGCAGCUUGUAGUCCUUACUUCCGGGAGCUGUACUUCUCAGAGGACGGCAAGGAAGCCGACAAAAAGGAGGUUGUCCUGGAGAACCUGGAUCCCGAUGUUAUGGAGGCGAUUGUAAAUUACAUGUACUCGGCAGAGAUUGACAUCAACGACAACAAUGUGCAGGAUAUUUUGGCCAUUGCCAAUCGCUUCCAGGUCCCCUCAGUGUUCACAGUUUGUGUGAAUUACCUCCAGAAGAAGCUGUCAAAUAAAAACUGCCUUGCCAUCUACAGGUUGGGACUGUUGCUGAACUGCACCAGGCUGGCAAUGGCAGCUCGAGAUUACAUUGCAGAUCGGUUUGAGACCAUAGCCACGGAUGAGGACUUCCUAGAGCUCGCUCCACCUGAACUCUUUGCCAUUAUCGGAGCAGAUGUGUUGAAUGUUGAAAAAGAGGAGGCAGUGUUUGAGACCCUCAUGAGAUGGAUCAAGAAAGACAUAGAAAAGCGUGGGAAAACCCUAGAAGAGGCCUUUGAGUAUAUUCGUUUCCGUUUACUCCCAGAGAAGUACUUCAAGGAAAAGGUAGAGAAGGAUGACCUCAUUAAAGCCAACCCUGAGCUUCUCAAAAUAAUUAAAGUCAUAAAGGAAGCCUUCGCAGGGAAGCUGCCCGAGAAGAUAAAGGGACAAGAUGGUGAAGAGGGAGAGGAAAGAAAGUUGCCUGGCUAUCUGAAUGAUAACCGUAGAUAUGGCAUGUAUGCCAAAGACAUGGUUCUGAUGAUCAAUGACACAGCUGCCGUGGCCUACGACGCCCAGCAGAAUGAAUGUUUUCUUGCUGCAAUGACGGAGCAGAUCCCCAGAAACCACAUCAGUCUGAUAUCAAAGAAGAACAAUCUGUAUGUAUUGGGAGGACUGUUUGUUGACGAAGAGGACAAAGAACACCCACUGCAGUGUUACCACUACCAGUUGGACAGUCUCACCGCUGAAUGGAUUGCUCUGCCACCCAUGCCCUCCCCCAGGUGUUUGUUUGGUAUGGGGGAAUUUGAAAACCUCAUCUUAGUUGUAGCAGGAAAAGAUUUACAGUCCAACGAAUCUCACGAUACUGUUCUGUGCUACGACACUGAAAAAAUGAAGUGGACUGAAACUAAAAAGCUGCCCUUGAAAAUCCACGGCCACUGUGUGGUGUCUGAGAACGGGCUGGUGUACUGCAUCGGGGGGAAAACAGAUGACAAUAAAGCAACCAAUAAGAUGUUUGCAUACAACCACAAGAGGUCAGAGUGGAAGGAGGUGGCUUCCAUGAAGACGCCCAGAUCAAUGUUUGCCGCAGUUAUCCACAACGGGAAUAUUGUUGUCGCUGGGGGAGUCAAUGAAGAAGGCCUCACAGCUACAUGUGAAGCCUAUGACUUUGGAACCAACAAGUGGUCACCUUUCACAGAGUUUCCCCAGGAGAGGAGUUCAAUCAACCUGGUCAGCUGUGGAGGGCUGUUGUAUGCUGUAGGAGGCUUCGCCUUGAUGGAGAACGAGUACAAAGAGUGUGCACCCAGUGAAAUCAUUGACAUUUGGCAGUAUGAAGAUGACAAGAAACAGUGGACUGGCAUGAUUAAAGAGAUGCGUUACGCAGCUGGAGCCUCCUGUGUGUCCAUGCAUCUGAAUGCAGCCAGAAUGCCCAAACUGUAAACAGUCCAGGGACAAACAAGGGACUUUCACUUUACUGCUGUAGGCAAGAUUAUGAUGUACAUGCUCUUAUUUAGUAGCUCAUUGUUGUCAUUUAGCAUUUUAACAUAUCGGACACAUGUCCCAUUUACCUGUUCUGUGAAUAAAAUAGUAAAAUGUAACAUGGUUUUAAUUGACUUAUUUCUCCUAAGUCAUCAGUGUCUGAACUUCAACAGUUGCUGUUUUUUGGACCAGAAAUAAUUGUUGAUUCCGAUCUUCUAAAACAUAUAAUAUCACUUGUUGAGGAUUUCCCACCACCCCACCCCUUAAAUGAGUAUUUCACUGUUAACUAAUAAAGGUUUGCAUAGAAAUGAAUGUUUUCUU